AUGGGUUUGCCUUGGUAUCGUGUCCAUACCGUCGUGUUGAAUGAUCCUGGCCGGUUAAUCACUGUGCAUAUAAUGCAUACAGCUCUAGUUUCUGGAUGGGCCGAUUCGAAGGCUCUUUACGAAUUAGCAGUUUUCGAUCCAUCCAAUCCUAUUCUUGAUCCAAUGUGGAGACAAGGUAUGUUCAUUAUACCUUUUAUGACUCGUUUAGGAAUAAAGGAUUCAUGGGGUGGAUGGAGUAUAACCGGAGAAACUGGAUCUAAUCUAGGAAAACCUUCUUUAGAUUUGCCUAAGAUUUUUGGAACUCAUUUAUUCCUCUCAGGAGCAGCUUGUUUCGGAUUCAGAGCAUUUCAUGUAACGGGUUUGUAUGGCCCUGGAAUAUGGGUGUCUGAUCCUUAUGGACUAACUGGAAAAAUACAGCCCCGUUCUGACCCCACUUUUUCGGGGUCACCUUCUAACCUUGAACCGCAAACCAAAAAGACGGCUAACUUAGCCUACUCCAUCCCUCAGGACCAACAAAGGGUAGUGCAGGAAUAUUAA